AUGCGUGCAGUCUGUCUGAUGAAGCAACGGCUGGAGGCACUACAGCGAGGCCUAGAGUCAGGCAACUGGCAAAAGCUGAGACGACAGCAACCUGACCAAACAGAGAACCUAGAAAUAGCAAUAGAAGACAUUCGGGACUAUUGGCAAGCAAUAGUAGGAGUCAAACGACCAUUUACUGAGAGCAGUGAACUAAGCGCCUGGGCAACGGAGGUGAGAGCUAGACAGAUACAACCCAGCGUACAGACACCAUCAGUCCAGAUCGAACAAGCAGACUGGCAAAAACUGUGGAUUAACGUGAAAACCUGGAAAGCCCCAGGCCCUGGUGGAUCGCAAGCAUACUGGUGGACAAACCUAGCAUAUGCCAGGCAGAGGCUACAAAGGUGGUGCGAGAAACCAGUGAAAGGAAGAAAAUGCCGCAUACCACUAUGGCUGGCCCAUGCCAGAGUAGUACUGAUAGCAAAGAAACGAAAGCACCAGCAGAGCCCAGGAGACUAA